GCAUGAUGGGAAAUAUGCUGUUAACAUGGCUAUAUUUAUGUAUAUUCGUAUGGUUGUGUUUUGUAGAGGAUGUUUUGCUCUUCCAUUUCGACGAAAAGGUUAUCAGGCUAACCGUAUUUUAAGCGAUAUCAGUUUGGAAAUGAGUAAUUUACGCCAGCCAAGUUUGCUUUCAUAACUCUAAAACUAAAAGCAAAUUUAUUUUGCAUGACUUCAGAGGGCUAGUGGAGAUCGAACGAGUUAGUUUAUAACUGAAUUAGGCCUAACAUUAGUAGUAAUAGUAAUACUACAACUUACAAGUAUUCGAAUUGAGCAAAGACGUGAACCGAAGAUGAAUUGAUCAAUAUCGUAUUGAUAAUUGAUAUAUUUUUGGGUGUGAUACUGUUUUUCUAUUGGUACUACUCACGUAAUUGGAAUUUGCGGAUCUCACUUGUGUAGCGCUUGUUUACUUACUUCAAACUCAGAGUUUAAUGCAGACAUUUUAUUCUUACAAUUUUUAGUCAGAAGUUUAAACUAUUGAAUUAAUAAUAAAUAAUACAACUUAUAAGUAUAAGUUAAAAACAUUUUUUUUUUGAUUGUUGGUCACUUGUUGUAACUCAAGCUUUAAUGUGAUUUUAGUUUAUUUUUUUUAACUACAUAAUAUAUCGACUAUAAUUAACGUAUGCCCAUAAAAUUACUUAGUUUUUAUGAAAUGGUUUGAAGAACAAAUUUUCAAUAGUGUUAACGUGUUGGUAUUGUGUAGUUCAUUGUUCUUGGACUUCUGGCCCUGCAUUUGAACAAAUAAAGCAGUGCACUAUAAGUCAACUUAAUAUAUCUAAAUUUGGUGGAAUACAAAAUAAAUACGUUUCCAUCAUUACAUAUGACUUCUCCGGUUAAUGUUUAGGACCUUAUACUGUUAUAGCUUAUAGAAUUUAAUUCUCAUACUUCACUGUUAGUGUUAACAGAAGUGGAAAAUUUGCCUCUACAAUGAUGUCUGUAAAAGUUAAACUCUCAUCUCAAGAUCGUCGUGAUUUGGAAAAAUUUAUGAAAUUCCUUGCAAUUAAAGCUGCGCAAGUCAUAGUUCAGUCAAGACUUGGAGAAAGAAUUAAGACCAGAUCAAAACCUUAUUCAUGUGGAGCAGAGUGGUUUAAUGUUGCUAUAAAAGACCUACCUGAAGUUCAAGCAGAAGCAAAAAAGGCUCUAGCAAACCAACUUCCCAUGUUUGGUACAAACAUGUGCACAGAAAUAUCUUUAAAGACUGUAGAUGGUGACACAUUAGUGUUAGAAACUUGGAGUUUAGGAAUGACUGAAAAAUGUGAUCCAAUGGCCCGGGUUAUACCUACUGUAUAUAGCCGAAUGAGUCUCCUUUUGAAAUCACUCAUAGCUGUAUCUCGUGUUACACCAGCAUACAAACUGUCAUCCCGUCAAGGUCCAGACUCGUUCGUCAUUUGUUACAGAGUAUACAUGGGAGAUAUUCAGAACAAUCAACUUGGUGAAGGAUACCAAGAAGCAAGGAUUGGUCAAGUGAGUACUCCAGUAGGUACAAUAGCCCUUACUGUAGCCUACCGCACCAAAUUAACAAUCACACCCCAACAGUCUGCUCGGCAGUCUCCAAUAAUGUUGAAGAGUGAUUAUUUCAAACCAGAUCAUAGUCCAAAACACCAACAGAGAGCACAGGGAAUAAAUGGAGGAGUUUUUGUAGACUUAAAUCAACUUGAACAACCUCCUGUCUUCAAAGAAAAUCAUCUUGUUGAUCCUACAGCAGUUCCUAAAGAAAACCCUACUGUUGAACAGCCACUUCAUAUAAAUAAUGGCAACAGUGUUAAUACUGCUCAGUUAAAUGGGACAGAUAAUCAUGAGAAUUCAGAAGAAGAAUGUGUGAAUCGAUGUGACAAACUUCCACAGAAGUCUGAGGCGACAGACAUUAAUGGGUCAUUUACUAGUUAUAUAAAUUUAGGAGACAGGAAGGUGGGAGCUUUCGCCCCUGCUAAGGCACCAGACUCUUGUUUUUCAAACCUUCUUUUACCAGACACUCCAUUUCAGAGUCUUCUGAAACAUGACAAAAAUGACAGUCCAGUAUCCAUGAAACAGAGACGUCAACAGAAUUCAAGAUUUCCUGAAAGCAAGGAAAAUGGAGACAGUAAUGCCAAUAAAGAUGAAGUAGCCACAAAUAAAAGUUCCACAAACUGUGGUACAGAUAAAUCUUUAGACAUGAAUCAAAAUACAGUUGAUUUGGCUGCUCAAAAGUCUAUUUGGACAGAAGCCUCUGUAUGUGAUGAUUUUGUUUUAGUUGAGUUGAAACCUCCCUUUGCUGAGAAUGAUGGUAAUGGAGACCUUGGAGCAUUUUUUCGAGAGUGUAGAACAGCUCCACCACUUGCAUCAUUUAAUCAUCAACCUACACUGGAAGAGCAGAUGAGUGAAAUCAGUCAUCAGCUUGCUGCCUUGGAAACAAGUCUACAUGAUUUUGAUGAUUUUGUAAAUUCAAUUUGCCAUACAGAUUCUCCAACUUCAUGAAGAUCUAGUACAAGUAACAUUCAGGAAGCUGAGAUUUUGUGUAGUUGAAGUGUGUACAAUGUUUUAGGGCUUUUACAUGUAAAGCUAUUCUAUAUCAUAUAUUCUUGUCAUGUGUGAGUUGUACUUGCAAGAGUGGUUAGUUUUCAAGUUAGAACAGGAUGGUAAGUAGUGAUCUUAGUUCAGUAUUGGUAUUGAAAAGAAAUUUAUCAGGCUGUUUUAGUAGAAAAGAACAGCGAGUGAAUGAAGAAUUACCCAACAACUGUACAUUUAUCUCCAGUUCUUAAAAUAAUUUUUCUCUAUUACAAAAACACAGAAUUCAGCAAGCUUUAGAGCAGCUAUUUCUUACAUUUUUUUAAAGUAAAAUUCAUGAAUAUAUUAUUGAACUCUUGCUUUUGAAGCUUUAUUCAUCUGUACUUAAGUCUUAUGCAUGUUUCUUAUAGCAGUUUUUGUUGUUGUUUUUUAAAACAAAUAGUUGCUUUUACUCAAUGUUUGUAGUGUGAUAUACUGAAUAAUAAUACUUUUUUGUGUUAUGGGAGGAAAUGUGGCAUUGUGUAAUGUAUAGUGCUAAGUUUUUGUAGGCAAAAUUUAUUGAUAUGCGAGAUUUUUGUGGAUUAAGUAAUGGCUGGGUUUGUAUAAUGGUAUAGAUAUCAAGAAAGAUGUGCGGCAAGUUAAAUGACACAAGAACCUCACUUUCCUUGUAUACCUGUCUGUACCUUGAACUACUAGUCCAUUAGCAAUUCUUU